AAGGAGAUAAUGGCAGAAGUACAGCAAAGGGAUAAGUCGAAAUUGAAGAAGACAGAAGCACAAGAGAAAAAUCCACUGCCUUCCAAAGAAAUGAUUGAACAGGAGAAGCAAGCCAGUGAAUCAUAA